UGCUGUUUGGGGUCUGAGAUGCCGCUCCCGCGGUGAAGUGGCCAUGGAGGUGGAGAGGUUUUUGGAGGGCAGGGACAGGAGAGCACGCAGACUCAGCUACAGGUGUCCCACAUUGGUACAGGGCGACUAUGUGUGGCUGGACCUGAAAACUGGUCGGGAGUUCGACGUCCCCGUCGGAGCGGUAGUGAAGCUCUGUGACUCGGGUCAGAUCCAGGUUCUGGAUGAUGAAGGCAAUGAACACUGGAUCUCCCCUCAGAAUGCCACCAACAUUAAGCCGAUGCACCCCACCUCUAUCCAUGGAGUGGAGGACAUGAUUCGGCUGGGGGACCUGAAUGAAGCAGGGAUUCUCCGUAACCUGCUGAUCCGCUACAGAGAACACCUUAUAUAUACAAACUGUGGAGGCAGGACCUACACAGGUUCGAUCCUGGUGGCGGUGAACCCUUACCAGCUGCUCCCCAUCUACACAGCUGACCAGAUCCGCCUCUACACCAACAAGAAAAUCGGAGAAAUGCCUCCUCACAUCUUCGCCAUCGCUGACAACUGUUACUUCAACAUGCAGAGAAACAAUAAAGACCAGUGCUGCAUCAUCAGCGGUGAGUCCGGGGCAGGGAAGACAGAGAGCACAAAGCUGAUCCUGCAGUUUCUGGCAGCCAUCAGUGGGCAGCACUCCUGGAUUGAGCAGCAGGUGCUGGAGGCCAACCCCAUACUAGAGGCCUUUGGAAAUGCCAAGACCAUCCGUAAUGACAACUCCAGCCGAUUUGGGAAGUACAUUGACAUCCAUUUCAACAAGAGAGGGGCAAUAGAGGGGGCCAAAAUCGAGCAGUACCUGCUGGAGAAGUCCAGAGUGUGCCGACAGGCCAGAGAUGAGAGGAACUAUCAUAUUUUCUACUGCAUGCUGAAGGGGAUGACUCCAGAGCAGAAGAAGAAGCUUGGCUUGGGAAAAGCUACAGAUUACACUUACCUCACUAUUGGAAACUGCACGGUGUGUGAUGGACGUGAUGACCAGAAGGAGUACUCUAACAUCCGCUCAGCCAUGAAGGUGCUCAUGUUCACAGACACAGAGAACUGGGAGAUCUCCAAGUUGCUGGCAUCUAUUCUGCACAUGGGCAACUUCAACUACGAAGCCCGCACAUAUGAUAACCUGGAUGCCUGUGAGGUGGUGCGCUGCGCUGAUCUGACCACUGCUGCAAAGUUGUUGGAGGUCGACUCUAAGGACCUGAUGAACUGCCUGACCAGUCGCACCAUAAUCACACGAGGGGAGACAGUGUCCACUCCUCUGAGUAUGGAGCAGGCCUUGGAUGUUCGAGACGCCUUUGUAAAGGGAAUAUAUGGACGCCUGUUUGUGUGGAUUGUUGAAAAGAUUAAUGCAGCCAUCUACAAACCUCCAUCCCAUGAUCUCAAAGCAGUCCGCAGGUCCAUCGGCCUGCUGGACAUCUUCGGUUUUGAGAACUUUACGGUCAACAGCUUUGAGCAGCUGUGUAUAAACUUCGCUAAUGAGAACCUGCAGCAGUUCUUUGUUCGCCAUGUCUUCAAGCUGGAGCAGGAGGAGUAUAACCUGGAGAACAUCAGCUGGCAGCACAUCGAGUUCACCGACAACCAGGAUGCCCUGGACAUGAUCGCCAUCAAACCCAUGAACAUCAUCUCCCUCAUCGACGAGGAGAGCAAGUUCCCCAAGGGCACAGACACCACCAUGCUGAACAAGCUGAACUCCCAACACAAACUCAACACUAACUACAUCCCCCCGAAAAACACCUACGAGACCCAGUUUGGAAUCCAGCACUUCGCUGGCAUCGUCUACUACGAGACCCGAGGUUUUCUAGAGAAGAACAGAGACACCCUUCAUGGUGACAUCAUUCAGCUCGUCCACUCUUCAAAGAACAAGUUCAUUAAGCAGAUCUUCCAGGCUGAUGUGGCCAUGUUUUUGUGUGGUUAUGUGCCUGGUGGUACUCUCGGUCAGCCGGGCACGCCUCCUCUGAAGGGGGCAGAGACGAGGAAGCGUUCUCCAACGCUGAGCAGUCAGUUCAAACGUUCUCUGGAGCUGCUGAUGCGCACGCUGAGUGUGUGUCAGCCUUUCUUCGUGCGCUGCAUCAAACCAAAUGAGUACAAGAAGCCCAUGCUGUUCGACAGGGAGCUGUGUGUUAGGCAGCUCCGCUACUCCGGAAUGAUGGAAACCAUCCGGAUCCGUCGGGCUGGAUACCCCAUCCGCUACACCUUUGUGGAGUUUGUGGAUCGAUAUCGCGUCCUGAUGCCUGGAGUGAAGCCUGCAUACAAACAGGAGGACCUGAGAGGGACCUGCCAGCGGAUUGCUGAGGCUGUCCUUGGCAGAGACGAUGACUGGCAGAUGGGAAAGACCAAAAUUUUCCUGAAGGAUCAUCAUGACAUGCUGCUGGAGAUCGAGCGAGACAAGGCCAUCACUGACAAGGUCAUCCUCAUCCAGAAAGUGGUCCGGGGUUUUAAAGACAGAUCCAACUUCCUUAAAAUGAAGAGAGCAGCUCUGAUGAUCCAGAAAACUUGGAGGGGUUACAACUGCCGGAAGAACUAUGAUGCGAUGCGUGCUGGUUUCUCUCGGCUCCAGGCCCUGUUUCGCUCACGGAAGCUCUAUCAGACAUACCAUGUGGCCCGGCAGAGGAUUACACUGUUCCAGGCCCGCUGCAGAGGCUGCCUGGUGCGCCGUGCCUUCAGGCACCGCCUCUGGGCCGUUAUCACCAUCCAGGCCUACACCAGGGGCAUGAUCGCCCGCCGCCUCUACAAGAGACUCAAAGGAGAGUACCGGAGGCGUCUGGAGGCGGAGAAGAUGCGUCUGGCUGAGGAGGAGAAGCUGAGGAACCAGAUGAGCGCCAAGCGGGCCAAAGCCGAGGCGGAGCGUAAACAUCAGGAGCGUCUGGCCCAGCUGGCUCGGGAGGACGCAGAGCGGGAGAAGAAGGAGAAAGAGGAGGCACGCAGGAAGAAGGAGAUGCUAGAUCAGAUGGAGAAAGCACGCCAUGAGCCAGUGAAUGACUCCGACAUGGUGGAUAAGAUGUUUGGCUUUCUGGGCACCACCAAUUCCUUCCCUGGGCAGGAGGGCCAGGCGCCAGCCGGGUUUGAGGACCUGGAGCGCACUCAGAGGGAGCUGGAGGAAGAGGAUCUGGAUGAAGCUCUUCCUCUGCCUGAGGAAGAGGAGGAGGACCUAUCUGAGUAUAAAUUUGCCAAGUUUGCUGCCACCUACUUCCAGGGCACCAGCACCCACACUUACAUGCGGCGUCCGCUCAAACAGCCUCUGCUGUUUCACGAGGACGAGGGUGACCAGCUGGCUGCCCUGGCCGUGUGGAUCACAGUCCUACGCUUCAUGGGCGACCUUCCAGAACCCAAAUACCACACGGCCAUAAGCGACGGCAGCGAGAAAAUCCCCGUCAUGACCAAGAUCUAUGAGACACUGGGCAAGAAAACCUACAAGAGAGAACUACAGGCCCUGCAGGGCGAGGGAGAGAACGCUCACAUUGACAGUCAUAAGAAGAACAGUGUGCGUCACAAGCUAGUGUCCCUCACCCUUAAGAAGAAGUCAAAGAUUACAGAGGAGGUGACCAAGCGUCUGAAUGAUGGCGAGUACACGGUGCACGGGAACAGCAUGCUGGAAGACCGGCCCACAUCCAACCUGGAGAAACUUCACUUCAUCAUCGGGAAUGGGAUCCUCCGUCCCGCGCUCAGAGAUGAAAUCUACUGUCAGAUUUGUAAGCAGCUGACCCAGAACCCGUCCAAAAGCAGCCACGCCCGUGGCUGGAUCCUCCUGUCCCUGUGUGUGGGCUGCUUCGCCCCCUCUGAGAAGUUUGUGAAGUACCUGAGGAACUUCAUCAGUGAAGGACCUCCAGGCUACGCCCCGUACUGCGAGGAAAGGCUCAGGAGAACAUUUGUGAAUGGCACCAGAACACAGCCCCCCUCUUGGCUUGAGCUCCAGGCUACUAAGUCUAAGAAACCCAUCAUGCUGCCUGUGACCUUCAUGGAUGGCACCACAAAGACCCUGCUGACCGACUCAGCCACCACAGCUAAGGAGCUGUGUAACGCCCUGUCAGACAAAAUCACCCUCAGAGAUCGCUUCGGCUUCUCUCUCUACAUCGCCCUGUUUGAUAAGGUUUCAUCUCUGGGCAGUGGCAGUGACCAUGUGAUGGAUGCUGUGUCUCAGUGUGAGCAGUAUGCUAAAGAGCAGGGAGCUCAGGAGCGUAACGCCCCCUGGAGGCUGUUCUUUAGGAAGGAAAUCUUCACACCCUGGCACGACCCCACUGAGGACGGGGUAGCCACUAACCUCAUCUACCAGCAGAUUGUACGCGGGGUCAAAUUUGGAGAGUACCGUUGUGACCGGGAUGAUCUAGCAGAGCUUGCCUCUCAACAGUAUUAUGUGGACUAUGGUUCGGAGAUCCUGGUGGAACGUCUCCUCAGCCUCAUUCCGUCCUACAUUCCUGACCGAGAAAUCAGCUCCGCCAAGACGGUUGAGAAAUGGGCCCACUUCAUCAUGGCUGCCCAUAAAAAGGGCAUUUACACACAGAAACGAGUGGACCCCCAGAAGGUCAAAGAGGAAGUGGUGGAUUUUGCUCGAUACAAGUGGCCUUUGUUAUUCUCAAGAUUCUAUGAAGCCUUUAAAUUCUCAGGGCCCAGUCUACCUAAGAAUGAUGUAAUUGUAGCUGUGAACUGGACUGGAGUUUACUUUGUGGACGAACAAGAGCAGGUUCUACUAGAACUCUCUUUCCCUGAGAUCACUGCUGUCUCCAGCAGCAGGGGAGGGAAACUCCAGGGGCAAAGUUUCACCUUGGCCACCUUAAAAGGAGAUGAGUACACCUUCACCUCCAACAACGCAGAGGACAUUCGAGACCUUGUCGUCACUUUCCUCGAGGGCCUUAGGAAGAGGUCAAAGUUUGUAGUGGCACUGCAGGAUAACCCGAGCCCAGUCGGUGAUGACUCGACGUUCCUGAGCUUCUCCAAGGGUGACCUCAUCCUGCUGGACCAGGACACGGGGGAGCAGGUCAUGACCUCUGGCUGGGCGCAUGGGAUCAACGACAGAACCAAACAGCGAGGAGACUUUCCAGCUGACUGUGUCUAUGUGCUGCCCACUGUUACCAGACCUCAGCCUGAUAUUGUGGCUCUGGUUACUAUGACGCCAGACCAGCGUCAGGAGUCGAUCCGCGUGUCCCAGGUAGCUCUGCCGGAGAGCGUGGAGAGAGUGAAACCUUACACACUGGAGGAGUUCUCCUACGACUACUUCAGGCCACCUCCUAAACACACUCUGAGCAGAGUGAUGAUCACAAAGAACCGGGGGAAGGACAAGAUGUGGUGCUGCACGCGAGAGCCCAUCAAACAGCCCCUGCUGAAGAAGGUUCUGGCCCAUGAGGAGCUCUCCCAGGAGGCCUGCAUGGCUUUCAUUGCCAUGAUGAAGUAUAUGGGCGACUAUCCAUCCAAACGAACACGCUCUGUGAACGAACUGACGGACCAAAUCUUCGAGGGGGCGCUGAAGGCUGAGCCGCUGAAAGAUGAGAUUUUCUGUCAGAUUCUCAAACAGCUAACUGAGAAUCAUGUGAAGUACAGUGAGGAGAAAGGCUGGGAGCUGCUCUGGUUGUGUACUGGACUCUUCCCUCCCAGUAACGUCCUCCUGCCCCACAUCCAGAGAUUUCUCCAGUCAAAGAAACACCAUCCGCUCUCCCUGGACUGCAUGCAGAGACUGCAGAAAGCCUUACGGAAUGGCUCCAGGAAGUAUCCUCCUCACCUGGUGGAAGUGGAGGCGAUCCAGCACAAGACAACUCAGAUCUUUCACAAAGUGUACUUCCCAGAUGACACAGAUGAGGCUUUCGAGGUCGAGUCCAGCACCAAGGCUAAGGACUUCUGUCUGAACAUCUCUGGCCGCCUGCUGCUCAAAUCCCCGGAGGGCUUCAGCCUGUUUGUAAAGAUUUCCGAUAAGGUGAUAAGUGUUCCAGAAGGUGAUUUCUUCUUUGACUUUGUCAGACAUCUCACUGACUGGAUCAAGAAAGCCAGACCUGCUAAAGACGGUAUAGUGCCUUCGUUGACAUACCAGGUGUUCUUCAUGAAGAAGCUGUGGACUAACACAGUUCCUGGAAAGGACUCUUUCGCUGACUCUAUUUUCCAUUACUACCAGGAGCUUCCUAAGUAUCUUCGCGGUUACCACAAAUGCUCCCGAGACGAAGUCUUCCAGCUGGCAGCCCUGAUCUACCGAGUCAAAUUUGAAGACGACAAAUCCUACUUUCCCAGCAUCCCUAAAAUGCUGAAAGAGCUGAUUCCUCAGGACCUGAUCCGCCAGCUCUCUCCUGACGACUGGAAGCGGUCAAUUGUGGCGUACUUCAAUAAGCAUGCUGGCAAGUCGAGGGAGGAGGCCAAGCUCAUGUUUCUGAAGAUCAUUUUCAAGUGGCCCACGUUUGGCUCUGCUUUCUUUGAAGUGAAGCAAACCACUGAGCCCAACUUCCCUGAGAUCUUACUGAUAGCCAUCAACAAACACGGAGUGAGCCUCAUAGACCCAAAGACCAAGGACAUUUUGACCACCCACCCCUUCACAAAGAUCUCCAACUGGAGCAGCGGAAACACAUACUUCCACAUCACCAUCGGCAACCUUGUGAGAGGAAGCAAGCUGCUUUGUGAAACCUCGCUGGGCUACAAAAUGGAUGACCUGCUGACGUCCUACAUCAGCCAGAUGCUGACCACCAUGAGUAAGCAGCGGAGCUCGCGGGGGCACAGCAAGUGAACGUCUUACUGGCGGGAGGCGGCGGAGCUGGUGCGUCUGCUGCGGCCCAUGGGCCAGCCGUGCAGCUGGAGCCGGACCUUCGCGUGGCAGCUGUGGAGGAUGAGCCGCAGCCCCUCCGCUAGCUCCCUGGGCUCCGGAUACCCCAACCUUGAUGACGAUGAUGAUGAUGAUGCCAUUUCUUCUCCCUCCACUGAGGACACCUACCUCUGACUGGACCUGGGGCUGGAGACUGAGCUACCGGCCAUAAAGCUCCUAGCCUCCCGCCUCUGAUAAUAAACAUAAUGAUAAUAAUACAUUUUAUUUAUAUAGCGCCUUUACAAAGCUCAAGGUGGCUCUAGAGAUCAUCAACAAUAAAGAGCACAGCCCAGCAAUGAUGCAUAUAAAUAACAAGGAAAACAAGAGAGAAGAACAGAAAGUUAAAUAGGUGACAAAAAUAUGCAAGCAAAAGAAAUAAGAUGAAAAGAAGUGAAUAAGAGAGAACAAACACUGAGGUAUAGACAGAUAAGGAAACAUUUUCAGUGCACUUCUUGUAUGUGCAUUGAACCUGAUUCUGUGACACAAACAUUGAUGAUUAAGUGGCUUCGUGGGACGGUUGCUCUGCUGAUAGUGCAUGUGAGCGUUAUGGACAGAGUGCAGCUGAAAGCAGGUUAUAAAUGAGCUGCAGAGUCUUUAUGUUUUGAAUUAUGCAAGAAAGCAUUUACCAGUAAUUUGGGUACAAUGUCAUUUUUACAACUAUUAGAAGUACACCCAUGAAUUAUGAACAUAUCGCUGCUGUCAGAACAAAACCUUGUGUCCCUUGUAUCUAUUUCUUUUCAAUUUUAUACAUAAUUUGAAAUUGCCUGUUACUCUUUACGUUGUGUGCAAAUUUUAAUGAUGAAUGGACCAAAAGAAACGGCCCAAAAUGCCUUGGGGAAAAUGUCUGGUUCCAUUGACUUGCAUUACAAAUGAAGUAGGUUUUUUCCUUCUCCUGUAAAGUUACUAUUUUGGAGAUGCAAGGUUUUCAUCCGUCAGCAUCGAUAAAUUCCUAUGAACAUAAUUAGGCGCAGCAGUGAUGCACUCAUUUAGGGGUUUCCACAAAAAGCAAGUGCCCAACGAGACCCUCACUCACCUGCUCUCUUUCUGGACAGUUUUUACUCUGGGCUGAAGUUGUGUAAUGUCUAAUGGGGCAUUGUGGCCCAGAACCAUCAUUUUACCAUGUUAAUAUUUGUCAUUUUUUCCCAUUAUGUAACAUUGUGCAGUACAGCCUCUUCGGGUUGACACAGUUCAUAUUUUUGUGUCCUCUUUUGUCCAUCAGUGUUGUCUCACUACAAUACCCAGCAUGCAUUAGGCAAAUAUAUUAUCCAACCAUUAGGACCCCUACAGUGCUAAAGUAAUUCUAACAGCUAGCAUAGCCACUUAGGCCCAAAAAAGCCCAAAAAAUCACCCCAAAGCACCUCCCACCUUCAGCAUACGUCAUCAGAAGGGGAUUUAGUCUUUAAACUAGAAAAUCUCCAGUGACAAUGCUGUAAAAUGUGAAUAGGCAUGUUUUCAACAGAUGUAGCGAUGGUUAUAUUAUUCAUUUUGGCCAGAGCACCCCUUUAAUUUAUGAUGCAGCCCACCUUCUGAAAAAAAUCAGGGUGGUUUGGAUGUUCCAACCAUAAUAAUAUGUUAUUUUCUCAGCUAUAGCUGUGGCAGUUUAGAGCACAUGGAUAAGAGGUGUGGUGGAAGGGUUUGUAUGAGUUGUAUCUCUGAACUCUAAACUGACUGCAGCAUUUUUAUAUCUUCGCUUUCUGUUGGAAGCCUUAAUUUGUUAAUUUUUCAACUGUGUGUGUAAGUCCUGUAUGUUUUAUAGGUGUGAACACUGUGAAAUAGUUUAGUAAUGGGUAAUGGAAUAAUCUGCUUAUUUUAGGCUUCUAUUUUUUUUAAAUGUUGGGUCAAAGAAAUCUCAGAAGAGUCAGCGCUUCAUUGUUUAAGCUGAAGGAUUGUUAGGCUGACGUUCUAACAGUGAGAAAGUUUUGAAUCUCAUGGCCUUAUUUCAUAGUCGUAUCUGUGUAACGAGAGGGGCUGGAAUGUGGAUGAACCUAGUUUGUGAACCUUAUUUUUAAUGUGGCUUAUUAACACUUUCAAAGGCUGACCUGUAACUGUUCUAGGAUCUGCGUAGCUGGUGUUUAUUUUGGUUCUGGGAUUGUCUUUAGAGUGUCCUUUGUGUUCUUACCCUGGUCCUCCUCCAUGUUGUGUAGAUAUGCAGCUAAAUUAAAGGUUCAAAGAUCAUUUUAUCAUUUCACGUAUCGCUGCUGUCAGGACAAAACCUCGGAUCUCCAUUUUUGUCGUUUUUCAGUUUUUGACAUAAUUUGAAAAUGCCUGUUGCU